AUGGGGUGGGUAUGGUCAUGGGAUGGGCACAGGAAUGGUCACUGGGUGCACCUGAGCGACUGCGAGCACAACCCCAAACGGCCCGUCAGCUGCGAGCAGGGCUGCGGGUUGGAGAUGCCCAAGGACGAGCUGCCCUCCCAUAACUGCAUCAAGCACCUGCGCUCGGUGGUGCAGCAGCAGCAGAGCCGAAUCGCCGAGCUGGAGAAGAGCUCGGCCGAGCACAAACACCAGCUGGCCGAGCAGAAGAGGGACAUCCAGCUGCUCAAGGCGUACAUGMGGGCGAUCCGCAGCGUCAACCCCAACCUGCAGAACCUGGAGGAGACCAUCGAGUACAACGAGAUCCUGGAGUGAGCACUGGGAGGGACUGGGAUG